AUGGAGCUGCACCUCUCGCGGGACAAGAACCAUCCGGACGAGACGGACGACUUCCUGGCGCCGCGUAGCACUCUGACUCCAGGCGAAUACCAGUCGAACUCGAAGCCAUCGCUAUUCUCCGACGACUUUCGUCGCUUGUCAAUAAGUCCCGCCCCCAGCACAAGACUAUCGCCAGUCCCUCAUGGACCGUACGUCCCGACGGGGGUCUAUCAGUCUCCCUCCGAAGCGUCGUCGUCGCGGCUGAAGCAGUUUUGGACAAGGAACAAGCCCUCCAUCCUCGUCGCUGUCUCCCAGUUUUUCGGGGCUCUGAUGAACCUCAGCGCUCGCCUGCUGGAGCUGGACGGCGAUGGCAUACACCCGGUGCAGGUCCUCCUUCUCCGACAGGGACUCACCUCACUCUGCUGCUUCGUGUAUAUGUGGUGGAAGAAUGUCCCCGAGGCCCCCUUCGGAAAGAGGGAAAUCAGGUGGCUCCUCUGUCUUCGAGGCUUUGCGGGCUUCUUUGGCAUCUACGGCAUGUGGUACUCAAUGAUGUAUCUCCCACUCGCCGAUGCCACCGUGAUCACCUUCCUGGCUCCCGGAGUAGCUGGUCUGUUGUGCUACUUUGCCCUCCGCGAGCCCUUCACCAGAGCUGAGCAGAUGGCUACCCUCGUGGCCCUUUUGGGCGUCGUCCUCAUUGCGCGGCCGGUGUCCUUGUUCACGGACCUCUCUUCGUCCAAGGAUCAGACAGUCGACGCCCCCGAGCAGCUGGAUGGGGCUUUCCCCGGCCUUGAGGACGAGCCGACCGCCGAAGAACGGCUCGUCGCCGUCGGCGUUGCGCUUCUCGGCGUCUUGGGGGCUGCCGUUGCGUUCACGAGCAUCCGGACCAUUGGCAAACGUGCCCACCCCCUGAUCUCGGUCAACUACUUCGGCAUGGCCUGCACAAUCAUCUGCGUCCUCGUCCUGGUCCUCGCGCCGGCUCUGAACAUCGGCCAGCCUCACCUGAGGUGGAUCACGCCAAAGUCGUGGAAGGGCUGGUUCCUGCUCCUCUCGAUAGCAGUGCCCGGCUUCAUCAUGCAGUACCUCCUGACGGCGGGACUGGCCGCCGACGCCUCCAACAAGGCGAAUGCCAUGAUCUAUACGCACAUGCUCUUUGCAGUGAGCUUCGACCGGUGGAUAUUUGGCCACAGCAUGUCUAUGAUGAGCUUUGCUGGCUGCGCUCUUAUCCUCGGCAGUGCCAUCACUGUCGUGUUGACGAAGAAGCCGCCUGCGAAGACGGUUAAUGACAUUGAGAGACUGGAGAAUGUAGAGGGAGAGGCGGAGGGAUCUCCCAUGCUCGUCGAUACAGGAGGAAAUGGCGAGGGAAUAGACGCGAGGAGGGCCUAG